CUAUCGCCAAUUCACUCAGGGGAAACCACAUUCGACAUGUCGGCGUUGGAUUGUACAAGGGCGUGUCUCUCAGCCUUGUCUUACACUGCAUCCUGUACGAAUUCGACAGCUUAUUGUGCUUCAUCUGUGACAGUGUUCUCUGCUCCGAUAUGGUUCGCACUGCAAGCGAGUAAUUUCAGAUUAAUAAACUCAACAUAA